GUCAGAUUUUAUAUUAAUUAGCUUAAAUUACAAAGUAUAAAGACAUAAUGUCAGGUGGAUCAUCAGAUCCAGGAUUUGAAACAAAAAUUAAUAUAAGUGAUUUUUCGCCAGAUGAAGUUACUGUACAUGCAGAUGAUAGAUAUGUCACCAUCACGGGGGAGCACGAAGAGCGGAUGGGCGAAAGCGGGUAUGUCGGCAGGCACUUCAUUCGACGUUUCAUGCUACCCGAAGACGUUUCAACUGAGCACUUGAGCACCCAACUUUCCGAUGACGGCAUCUUGACAAUUCAAGCACCCUCCAAAACUGCUGUAGCUGGCAAAUCCUCACCAGAAGCGGUUCAAGGCUCCUCCGAACCGUCGUCGCCAACUCGCGAAGUGGACCAAGAACAGGUUGACCAGAAAGUGCCGAUAAAGCGGACAACAUAUGAAACGCAGAAGAGUUAA